AUGCCGAAGGACGCGGUGGUCAUCGUUCGCUACGGGCCAUACAGGGCAGUCGGCCUGUCUGUGGAGUACCGCACCUUCCGCCUAGAAGGCCUGCAAGCUGUGUUGACCAGAGAUGGACACAAAGUCAUCCUAGAGAAGAUAGAAGACUGGAAUGUGGUAGAACUCAUGGUGAACAAAGAAAUUGUCUUCCACUGUAACAUCAAAGACUUGGAGUUUGGAGGUGAUGGUAAACUAGACCCGCUGUGUGAAGAGGCCAGGAUAGCCGUCCUAAAUGCCUACUGA